AAACUUAAACGCUUUAGUGAGCGAGUGAUAGCCAAAGAGGGCACGACUACGUAUUCGUAACUAUUCCGAACGGUGUCAGUGUUUGAUGUGAAGUGAAGUGAGACACAGGCAGAGAAAUGCCCUAAGUUCAAUAUCGUAACCAACUAAAUGUAAUUCAACAAUUAACAACAACAACAACAGCAACAAAAGUAGUGAACAUAAAGAAGUGACGUGCAACCGAAAAACGAAACACACAACCGAAAUAAACGUUGAAAGAAGGUGUAAUAAAGUGUGAGGUGCAAAGUGAAUAAACUGCACACAGAGCUCUCUCUGUUUCUCACACCCCCGUCGCCGUUGCCAUCGCCAUCAUCCCGUUCUUCCUUUCCUCCAGCAUGUGAAGUCGGAGGAGCGCAGAAACGAAAGAAACAAUAUUUAUGCUCUGAAUGUUGGAAGAGCUUACAAAAUUUACGUGGCAGAUGAUAUACGACGAAAUUCAAUUGGUUCUGAUUUCGCAAUAAAGGAAUCACAAGCAAAUACAUUUUACUCGUAACUGCGAUCGCAGACACUUUCGCGAAUUUCAGUCGCAAACAAAAAUUGUGCAUCCGCGCCUUGCCUCCAAUCGAAUCGCAUCGCAUCGCAUCGGAUCGUUUCGUCUUGUCAGCCAAGGUCAUAUCGAUUAUAUCAGCCCAAUUUAGACAAAAUGUCGACUCCUAGUUAUAUGGAUAACAAAUUGAAAUUGACUCCCAGUUGGAUGACAUUUGUCCUGCUACUUACUUGGUUCACCUUCCAGCUGAAUAUCGCCAGAGCAACGACACCGUUGGAUUUGGCGCCCAUUCCGCAGCUAUGUGACGGAAUAGUGUGUCCGCCGGAUGCGGAGAUGCAGUGUCCGGAGGACAGCUCGAUACGGGAGCUACGUGAAAUGAAUGUGGAUCUCAUUGGCACGAAUGCAGUCAGCGGCCUCGCAUCUCUGAUGGCCACCACGGAGAGCAGCGCCUUCAACAGCAGCCUCACCGAUGAUGACUAUGCCCAGUGCUGUUUGUCCAAGAAGUGUGUGUGCAAAACAUGCUACAUCCGAGACUGCAACACCGACGAGGGUGAAGUUGUGGUCGAACUGCAGCCAGAGGCCAUGGACACGCCUGGCCAAUGCUGUGGCAACUACGAAUGCCAGCAGGAGCCGAAUUGCACCGAGGUGCGAGAGACAGAAUUCAGUUGGCUGCAGAGCUGUCAGCGUUGCAGCUGCAAGUCGGGCACCAAAAUAUGCGAACAGAGCUGCGAUGAGAGUAAUAAUGCCAUCUGCGAGUCAAAGAAUCUGAAUACGUUCUUCAAGAACGGCGAGAGCUGGGUGGAUGGCUGCUAUCACUGCCAGUGCGUCAAGGGCGAGGAGAAAUGCACGAUUUCGUUUUGCGGUUCCCUCAACUGUCCCAGCCAUCGUCAGGUGAUGCUCAAGGACAGCUGUUGUCCCAUCUGCUGGCCCAAGGAUGCGCCAAUGCCCAACUCUGGCAACUAUGACGAAGGCUAUGGCUAUGAGCGUGAACACGAGGAUCCCAAGCAACAGCUGGACACACUGAAUACAUCCACAGAACUGCCAACAACAUCAACAACAACCACAAUCAGCAGCAGCAUUCCCAACCCCUCGACCAGCACCACCACAAAUGAACUACAAACCACAUCGCCAUCACCUUGCCAGCAUGACUUUGCCAAUGUGGUUGAGGUUGUGCAUCCCAAAGUCGAUGAUCAUGUUUAUUUCGUGAUCAUCGGAGUGCUUAUAGUAAUUAUCGCAGUGCUCUAUAUAUACAUCAGGCAUCUGCUUGCCAAACAACGUUCCUACAGGCCGGUCUCCAACUUUGACGACAAGGUCUAAACAGCAAAUGCGAGAAGAGAGAUGGAGAGAUUUAGCUAAAAAGAAGAUUCAGAUUCGCAAAAUUGAAGAGAAAGAAUUAGCUAAAAUAUUAACAAACAAAAAUUUUAAUAUUUUGACAAUGUUUUGAGAAAUCUACAAAAAGAAACCUAGGGUAACCAAACUAGAUAAUAAAUUCUACAAAAAGAAAA